UUUCUUAUCUUUCGAUAAGUGUGCGAGUAAAGCAAAUAAAUUUUUAGGAGCUUGCGCUACCCAACAUAGUUGCUUAGUUAUAUUCGGAAGCUAACGGCAGUGCGAGUGUGAAUCGGCGAAGAACAUCUACAUAUAUCGGGUACAUGCCAUAAAAUGUAUCACUACCAGCAAGGUGACAACAAUGGCGUCUACGGUGAUCCGGAGGCGGACAAAAGUUUUGCAUUCGAUGACCAGAGCAUACGCAAGGGCUUCAUACGGAAGGUCUAUAUGAUAUUAAUGGUGCAACUGCUGAUCACGUUUGGCUUUGUGAGCAUUUUCACCUUCUCGUCAGCUGCACAGGGCUGGGUAGAGCGCAAUCCCGCGCUCCUUUGGAUAGCACUGGCAGUGCUAAUUGUCACCAUGAUCAGCAUGGCCUGCUGCGAGAGCGUGCGCCGCAAGACGCCGCUCAACUUCAUCUUCCUGUUUCUGUUCACGCUGGCCGAGUCCUUUCUGCUGGGCAUGAUUGCCGGCCAGUACAAGGCGGAGGAGGUGCUCAUGGCCGUGGGCAUUACGGCGUCGGUCAGCCUGGGACUGACGAUCUUUGCGCUGCAGACGAAAUACGAUUUCACCAUGUGCGGCGGCGUGCUGGUCGCCUGCCUGGUGGUGUUCGUCAUCUUCGGCAUCGUUGCCAUCUGCGUACCGGGCCAGAUCAUUGGACUGGUCUAUGCGUCGCUGGGCGCGCUGCUCUUCUCCGUGUAUCUGGUGUACGACACGCAGCUGAUGCUGGGCGGCAAUCACAAGUAUGCGAUCAGCCCCGAGGAGUACAUCUUCGCCGCGCUCAAUCUCUACCUGGACAUCAUCAACAUCUUCAUGUACAUUCUGACCAUCAUUGGGCUGGCGCGCAACUAGGCCGGACUAGGCUAGGCUAGGCUAGUCGUUGCUUUAUCUAGACUUAUUUAUUAUUUUUUAUUACCCCAACUGAGAUUACGUGUCGCGGGAUCGUUCAAGAAAUAUAUUUACAGCUGACUUUAUGCAUACCUA